AUGCUCCCUCUCGGAAUUCGCCUGGGAAACCAGCGCCGGUACCGCCACCCACCCUCUGCAAAUACGAACGGCACAGAUUCUGGUAGGGAUGAGUCUAUCCCAGAUCCAGAACCUCAAGUUUUCAAUCCUAGUCUAGCGGAUGUAUUCAAAGUUCGGCAUUUGUUGCAAUGGAGCCUCCCACGCAGUCUACCCGAGGAGCUCGUCGAUAUAAUCGUCGAUGCUGCGGAAUAUUGGCCUUCGAUAGAGCACAGGAUGGAAGACCGGCGGAUCAUUCAGAAAGACUGUGAUCAAGUUUUGCUGAAGACGGUUCCCCUCUGCUAUGAUCGGAAUAGCUUGGGGCAAGAAUCAAGUCCUACCCCUCUACCCCAUCGCGGAAUACACCCUUGCCGCAAGAUAGUCUUCAAUAUCUCAUCUCAUGACCAAGGCGGCGGGCCACGCCGCGACAACAUGUAUGAGUCUUCGUGGACCUGGUUUGAUGCCGAAGUUAUUCAUGGUGCCCAUACGAGGAACAUGUAUGUCAAUGGAGUUGAACAAGAGAUCCUCGAUAAUGAGCGUGGACAAGUCCGAAAACACUAUACGGAGGCAGAUGCGCUGCUGUUGCCGCGUGAGAACAAACUGCAAGGCAACGGGGCCAACGUGAGCGACAUGCAGCACAAUACGAUUGUUUGGGACUAUCGAGACGAUAUCCAAGCAGAUUCAGCCGAGGCACUUGAGAUUGAGAAGACUCAGGGUCGUGGUCGGCUUAAUCUUGAUGGACAUGGAGUGCGCGAGUUGGAGGUUGGCGAUUCAAUUGCCCUUUGGGCUCGAGCAAGAUUUCCCGGCUGGUCAAACCACGUUCAUCGAGCGAGCGUGAGGAUAUACUGGGCUGUAUGA